AUGUCAACCCUCCAUCUGAGAUUUCCUAGAAAGGUGCAUGACCUGCAGGAUAACCUUGAAUUUUUCUUCUACGUCGUCCUUUUCUACACACUGCAAUAUCUCCCCAUCAGUAUUUCCCAGCUGGAACUCGUCGACCUCAUGAAGGCUAUCUUCGAGGAAUGCACCCCUAUGUACGCACUCGGCAUUAAUAUUGGUGGUCAGGCAAAGGCGAGGCUACUUGCUGGUGCGGACACCUCGUUCUUCUGCUUGGUCUCCAUAGACAAUCCUCCAGUAAACUCCUGGAUGCGAGCUUCGUGGCUUGCAUUUGAGGAGCUCCAUUGGUAUAUUGAAGACGAAAAACUAAAAGUUUUGAGAGCGAGGAUGUCCGACUCAGCCAUUCUCACUCAGGAGGUCCAGCAGACAACCCAGAUGCCUACACUCGCACCACAUAUUCGCCUUCGGGAUCACAGCCAUUUCUUCAAGAUUUUCAAAGAUGUCCUUGCUUUGGAAGAGUGGUCACAGGCGCGCAAACCAACGGCUGCUGCACACUAA